AUGUAUAAGCAAAUCAUAUUAACAUCCGUUCUCUCCCUUCUCUCUCCCGCUCUUGCUCUCCCCCUUGAGCCUCGAGACACCCCCGAAUUCACAAUCACCAGCCUUGGCGCUACCUUUCCGUAUCCCGGAGUCUACGGGGUUGAUUCCGUCAACUCCUUCGUCAAUGUCGCCGUGACUUACCCGGACGCUUCAUCAACCAGCAGCGCCACCCUCAACACGACCUGCAGAGUUGACUGGCCUGCCGGCACUAGUCCAGGUCCAACAGACUGGACUGCGUGCGUCAAUCCCGCCUUGCAAUUCCGUCUGCCGGCCGAUGGGUGGACCGGCAAUACAAACUUCCGCGUCGAGUUAUUUGAGGAGCUCGCUUCUGACGGCACGGGUCUGGAUGCCACACACAUUCUCACGUUCAACCCCGGGAAUUCAAGCGACCCAAAUGCGUACUUGUUCUGUCUCCAGAUGGGCAAGUUCAACCCCUUAACUUGCACCUUAACUGGCCCGUACGGCCAGUCACCGAGGACUGUGGUCAUGUCUACCACUAAUGAGAACGGAAGACCUAAUUAG